UGGAAUAUUAAACGUACAUCAUCAUUCUGACUCGGAGGAGGAGCUAGAGCCCAGGACUCUACUGCAGGGGUCAGGAGGCAGCAGAACAAGAGCGCUGCUUCAUACGGUCUCCUGCCUCCUGCCUCCUGCCCUUCCAGGUGCUGUGGUCGACGCCUGGUCGACGCCAACUUGGACCCCAUGGCGGAGGUGCUCCUGCAGAGGUGGCACGGCGCUGCAUUGCCCUGUCAGAGGAGUUUGAGUGGGGUCCAAAGUACCUCCACUAGAGGUCAAUUACAAGUGCUGCAUCCUGGGCGCAGCCCAGUCUGCUGUUCAGGGGCACGGCAGCGCAGACGGGGCCGCGAGAGUUUUGUGGGUCAGAAUCGCAUCUCACAGAGUAUAGGCGGACACUGCGAGUGGAAGUCAACCUCCUCGCACAGGGGUCGGAGGAAAGAUGGUGUGUUUGCAAGGGUGAUUGGUCCCAGCACGGGAGUGGCUGCUGCAGCAGAGGAAGAGGCGGCACGGGGGGCUGCGGAAGAGGGGGAGGAGGAGUUUGAGGAUGAGGGCGAGGACUUGAGUGACAUUACGGAGUGGCAACUAGAUUUUUGCUCUCGGCCAAUUGUAGAUGAGAGGGGGAAGAAGGUCUGGGAGCUGCUAAUUUGUGACGGCGCCCGCAGGUUUGAGUAUGCCCAGUACUUUCCUAAUAAUGUUAUUAACAGCGGAAGCUUGCGACAAGCCCUGCAAGACAUCCUGGACAAAUUUGACAUUCCGAAGCCUCGGACAAUAAAGUACUUUCGAUCCCAGAUGCAGACAAUCAUUUCUAGGGCAUGCGAUGAGUUGAACAUCAAAGCGGUCCCAAGCAAGCGGGUGAACACUUUGAUGAAGUGGCUGGACGAGCGUGUUGAGACUGUGUACUCUAAGGAGCCAGGAUACCAGGACUCAGCCACACCGCUGUUCAUGUUGGAUCCUCCGCAGCCGGAGCCACUGCCAGAGGACCUGGUGGGGGAGAGAUGGGCGUUCGUGGAGUUGCCAGUUGCAGGUCUCCUUGAGGAAGCCGCGGCGGUGCGGUCGCGUCGGGUAUUUGGGGAUGUCUUGUCCUUGGAGGACAACGGGGUGGACCUGCCGGAUGAUGCGUUGGUGCCGGGACUGGUGGUCUUCACCAGGAGAGCACCCGCGGUGGCCGCGCGCAUGGCCUCUUUAGAGUUGGCUUGCUUAGAGGUGGACCAGCAAAGAGGCUGUGUUAUUCUAAACGUUGGAGUCGCACAAAGGUGGAGGUAUGCGACGUAUAAGCGGUCAAAGCAGACUGAUCAGGAAGCUGUUGCGUGGGAGGAGGCCAAGAAGGCGGCCCAAGGCCUGCAUUUCUUGGCGCUUCAAAAGGGCCAAGACGUGGAUAAAGUCGAGGGGCUUUGGAUGCUAAAAGACGUACAAUUACCUAGUGUAUAGUACAGUGGACUUGGACUCAGUUGAACCAAUCGUCUGUAGAUAGCACGAAUCUAGAUUUGAGGUGCAUGUUCUGGGUUGCCGUGGUUUUGCUAGUCAUCAUCAG